ACACUGUACAAGCAUGAGGGCUUCAGUUCAGAUCCCCAGAACCCACAUACGGGCAGUGUGAGCAGGCCAGCCCGCCUAUCAUCCCAACAUGCCUCAGACAGAGACAGGGAAUUCCUGGAGCCUUGCAAGCCAGACUAGUGUAAACAGCAAGCUCUGGGUUCAGCAAGACAGUGCUGCAAUAGACAAGGCAGACAGCAACUGAAAAAGACUCCCAGUGGUAACCUCUAGUCUGCACAAGCACACACACUGUACGUGCACCUGCACACAUGUGAACUCACACACAUACCUGCAAAAAUUUUAGUCAAAUGUCAGUCUGCCGUUAAUAGGAAUGAGUUGGGUCACUGGUGGACUCAGGGUCCUCCCUCCACUGAACGCAAACUGAGCAACAGAGUUGGACUCACCAGCCAACAAAAAGCAGCCAAAGGCCAAUGGAUGGUCCACGAGGGGGUGAUGGCUACAGGAAAACAAGAGUGGCCCUAAAAGUAUGACAACAGGAACCAGGAAGUCAACAUGUGCAGCCUCCCACCUGACCCUGGACAGGACUAUAAAGGCCCCGGGCUCAGGAGACUCCACACCGCACACCUCCCUCUCCACCUGCUCCUCUGACCUACUCCAUCCUCAACCAACCGCCAGAACCAUGACCUGCGGUGGCUGUUCCGGAGGCUGUGGCUCCAGCUGCUGUGUGCCCGUGUGCUGCUGCAAGCCCGUGUGCUGCUGUGUGCCCGCCUGCUCCUGCUCCGGCUGUGGGGGCUCUAAGGGGGGCUGUGGUUCCUGUGGGGGCUGCAAGGGGGGCUGUGGAUCCUGUGGGGGCUGCAAAUCCAGCUGCUGUCAGUCCAGCUGUUGUAAACCCUGCUGUUCUUCAGGCUGUGGGUCUUCCUGCUGUCAGUCCAGUUGUUGCAAACCCUGUUGCUGUCAGUCCAGCUGCUGCAAACCCAGCUGCUGUCAGUCCAGCUGCUGCAAACCCAGCUGCUGUCAGUCCAGCUGUUGUAAACCCUGCUGUUCUUCAGGCUGUGGGUCUUCCUGCUGUCAGUCCAGUUGUUGCAAACCCUGUUGCUGUCAGUCCAGCUGUUGCAAUCCCUGCUGUUCUUCAGGCUGUGGGUCUUCCUGCUGUCAGUCCAGUUGUUGCAAACCCUGUUGCUGUCAGUCCAGCUGCUGCAAACCCAGCUGCUGUCAGUCCAGCUGCUGCAAACCCUGCUGCUGUCAGUCCAGCUGCUGCAAACCCAGCUGCUGUCAGUCCAGCUGCUGUAAGCCCUGUUGCUGUCAGUCUAGCUGCUGUGCCCCUGUGUGCUGCCAGUGCAAGAUCUGACUUUUAGAUUUGUGGAGUUGCUACCAGAUCAGCAUUAUCCCGUUCAGGAGUCAGGCGUUCUAGCCCAGGCUUUGCCCCUCUCCCAGUAACCCUGAAGCUGGUCCUGUGUCAAUUCCCUUACCCACACCCUCCUCCCUUCCCAAGCUUCCUGCCAGUCCAGCUGCUGCAAGGGUGGCUUGUCUUCUACAGGGCCACAAGGCCGGCUCCUGCAAGCCCGGCAGCUACGGGCCUUGGACUGGAGAAGGAUGACCCCCAGGGCUCCCCUGCCACCUCUUACUUCUGCAGAUCUGUCCUGGUCAUUUCUGCAGAUGCCAGGC